GGGAGCUCGGCGGCGGGGGUGGGGGGACCCGACCGGAGCGGUGCGAGGUUCGGCCAACACCCAGGCCGGACCCUUGGGCCCGGGGUGCAGCCUUUGGCUGGGAGGAGGGUCAGUGUGACCUCCAGAGCUCUGCGGGCCGUCAGCUUGGGACAGUCCCCGGCCCUCUUCACCCCUCCUGCCCUGCCCUCCGCGAUACGGAGCCUGGGGACUGCAGAACAUGCUGGAGAUCCUCGGCAGGUCCAGCAGGGAACACGGGAAGAGAAAGUGUGUGACAUUUCCAGGGUAGAAUAAGCAGAUCAUUUGUGUAUGGGAAUCUCAAACUCCAGCAUCACAUCAGAUCUGCAGUGUCAGUUUACCAGAGACGAGAUUUCUGAGACGAGAUAAGAACCACAGCGUGACCAUUACAACAGUGAGAUUCACACCCCUGGUGAAGGUGUUUAAGAGCACCAACUACAGCAGCCAGAGAAGACAGCAAGGAGAAACCAAACACGUGUUCUGUGUGGAGGGUGAGACUUGGACGAACCAACCUGGAGAGAAACCUUGUAAAUUAUCUUCAAGUCUCUGAAGGGGUGAACAACUACUUUCGUGAAAAAAAAAGUCACUUGUUGAUCCUUGGAAAAGAAACAAUCCCCCAUCCCAACUGGAAACUUGUGAAUCUGCUUUGUGGGUGAGAUGAAGUUCUCAUUUUUAUCUUCUCAUUGAAACUCAUUGUGUCCAACGUUGAUCCAGCGCCCUGAGAACACACCAGCCCGUCCUCAGUGGAGAUAGGACGUUCAACUGCUCCAAGUGUGGGAAGGAUCCGCUAUGUCAUCUGACGUGGUAACACAUCAGCAAGUUCACAGCGAGAAAAGGCCAUUCACCUGCUCUGAGUGUGGGAAGGGGUUCGCUCAUUCAUCCAAGCUGGUGAGACACCAGCAAGUUCACACCAAGGAGAGGCCAUUCACUUGCUUAGAAUGUGGGCAGGGAUUCGUUCGGUCAUCCGACCUGCUGAUACACCAGCGAGUUCACACUGGGGAGAGGGUAUUCACCUGCUCUGAGUGUGGGAAGGGGUUCACUUAUUUAUCCAAGCUAAAGAGACACCAGCAAAUUCACACUAAGGAGAGGCCGUUCACUUGCUUAAAGUGUGGGAAGGGAUUCAUCCGGUCAUCUGAUCUGCUGGCACACCAGAGAGUUCACACUGGGGAGAAGCUAUUCACCUGCUCCGAGUGUGGGAAGGGGUUCACUUAUUCAUCCAAGCUGAUGAGGCACCAACAAAUUCACACCAAGGAGAAGCCAUUCACUUGCUCAGAAUGCGGGAAGGGAUUCAUUCGGUCAUCCGAGCUGCUGACACACCAGAGAGUUCACACUGGGGAGAAGCCUUUCACCUGCUCUGAGUGUGGAAAGGGGUUUACUUAUUCUUACAAGCUGAUGAGGCACCAGCAAGUUCAUACUAAGGAGAGGCCGUUCACUUGCUUAGAAUGUGGGAAGGGAUUCAUUCGGUCAUCCGACCUGCUGAUACACCAGCGGGUUCACACUGGGGAAAAGCCAUUCACUUGUUCCGAGUGUGGGAAGGGAUUCACUCGGUCAUACAGCCUGACGAGACACCAGCAAGUUCACACUGGGGAGAGGCCGUUCAUCUGCUUUGAGUGUGGGAAGGGAUUCACGGAGUCAUCCCAACUGCUGAUACACCAGGUAUCUCACACUGGAGAGAGGGCCUUCACCUGCUUGGAAUGUGGGAAGAGAUUCAUUCACUCAUCUCACCUGUUGACGCAUCAGCGGAUUCACACUGGGGAGAGGCCUUUCAUCUGUUCAGUGUGUGGGAAGGGUUUCACUUGGUCAUCACACCUGCAGAUACACCAGCGAGUUCACACCGGGGAGAGACCUUUCACUUGUCUCGAGUGUGGGAAAGGAUUCAUUCAUUCAUCUCACCUGCUGACACACCAGCGAGUUCACACCGGAGAGAGGCCGUACACCUGCUCCGAGUGUGGGAAGGGAUUCACCCAGUCAUCAUACUUGGUCAAUCAUCAGCGAGUUCACACUGGAGAGAGGCCGUUCACUUGCUCCGAGUGUGGGAAGGGAUUUAAACAAUUAUCCAAUUUGCUGACACAUCAGAUAGUUCACAGUGGAGAGAAGCUAUUCACCUGCUCCGAAUGCGGGAAGGAAUUCACUCGAUCAGCCUACCUCGUGACACACCAGCGAGUUCACACUGGGGAGAGGCCGUUUACCUGCUCUGAAUGUGGGAAGAGAUUCAUUCAGUCGUCCCACCUGCUGAAACAUCAGCGAGUUCAUUCUGGACAGAAAGUUAAAAACACUGUAGCAGAGAUUGCCAGAUUCCCACUGCCUCCUGACGACAGUCAAGGAUGGCCAGAAAAGUGGCAAACUGAAUUUGAUCCGGAGGUGUGGGAUUACAUAUUUGGAGAGGUCACCAAGAACCAACGCGCCUGCGCACUACCGCCGCCACCGGGAACGUUGACGGCGCUGGCUGCCGUUGAAGGCGCGACGCGGGCGCCCGGAGAGCCGGCUCCCAGACAUGCGCCCUCCGUCAGGAGCCGGCUGGAGGGGCCGCGCCUGCGCACCUGGGCUGAAUCCGCAGCCGCCCCUCAAUUUCCGUGCUGUUUUUAUGAAGCUCGUUGUCUGUCAAUCGGUUACGAAGCUGCCGGUGUAACUCCUGCGGCCAGAAUUCAUGGCGUCUGUCGUUACCCAGAAGCGCCAACGCCGCAGAAAGCGCCCUAUCCGUGUUGUGGGAGACGGGACGGCAGGCGCUGGAGACCGGAAGCGGUCCCUGGAGAGCGAGGGGCCCGGGGGGAAGAGGCGGCAACACAGCGGGUGAAGGUUCGUCUGCAAGCCGGGGGAGUGGCCGUGAGGUCGGCGGCAGGGUUCACUGCGACUCCUGUUAGCACAGCGGUUCUAGGAGCGCUGGGGACUGCGACUACGUCCACAGCCACUAAUCCCUCUGCAAGGACCCUGAGAGCGCACCGUCACCUCCUUACAGGGGAUAGGGGGAAUAACUGCUCCGAGCGUGGGAAGGGAUUCACUUUGCCAUCCAAUCUGAUGACAGACCAACAAGUUCACACAGGGGAGAAAUCGUUCACCUGCUCCGAGUGUGGAAGGGCAUUCAAUCGGGCAUUCAACCUGCUGACGCACCAGCGGGUUCACUCCGGGGAAAGACCGUUCACCUGCUCUGUGUGUGGGAAGGGUUUCAUUCAGUUAUCCCACCUACUGAUGCACCAGCGAGUUCACACCGGGGAGAAGCCGUUCACCUGCUCUGAGUGUGGGAAGGGGUUCACUCGGUCGUCCUUCCUGCUCAUCCACCAGCGGGUUCACAGUGGGGAGAGGCCGUUCACCUGCUAUGUGUGCGGGAGGGGAUACACCCAGUCAUCCAACCUGUUGAUACACCAGCGGGUCCACACUGGGGAGAGGCCAUUUCGCUGCUCCGUGUGCGGGAAGGGAUUCACCCGGUCGUCUGACCUGCAGAUCCACCGGCAAGUUCACGAUGAGGAGAGGCCAUUCUCCUGCCCGGACUGCGGGAGGGGAUUCAUUCGGGCCUGCAUGCUCAUGAGGCACCAGCGCAUCCACACCGGGGAGCGGCCGUUCACCUGCGCCGAGUGCGGGAAGGGAUUCACUCAUUCAACCUACCUGGAGAAUCACCAGCGCAUCCACACCGGGGAGAGGCCGUUCACCUGCUCACAAUGUGGGAAGAGGUUCACUCGGGCGUCCAACAUGCUGGCUCACCAGCGGGUUCACACCGGGGAGAGGCCAUUCACCUGCUCCGAGUGUGGGAAGGGGUACACUAAGUCCUCCAAUUUGCUGAAGCAUCAGCAAAUUCACACUGAGGAGAAAGAUCUUCUGCUUCGCCAUAAGACCGCCCAUGGCGUCCAGCGUUACCCAGAAGCCCCUGGGCCUCAGAAAGCGCCCUAUCGGCGCUAUGCGAACAGUGAAAGAGGCUUCCGAGGGUGGGGAAAGAGCUUAGUCCCGGGGAGGGAACUGCGCAGAGACACGGGAUUGGGACACGCCAGCAGACGUCGUGAGAGCGAGAAAGCAGCUGAAGCGAAAAUGGGCGGCUGGAGGAUCUCCCGGGAAACGGGGACCGAUCCAAAGUUGUCCGGGGCACUGAGGCCGCGGGUGGUCCUGCGGAGAUUGUGCUCACGGGACAUGCCGACUAAUCCAAAAUUGUCCGGGGCACUGAGGCCGCGGGUGGUCCUGCGGAGAUUACCAUUCCCACCCCGGGACCACAGGAUCUCAGCAAUGAUCGGAAUUUCAAACCAAACAGCACGUGAUCCUGAGUGUGGGCGAGGCUUCAGCCCAGCGCCCAGACUGCGGAGACGCCGGCACGUCGGGGAGAAGCGGUGGGAAUGUGCAGACUGCGGGAGGGGAUUCAGUUACCCGUGCCAGCUGGAUAUUCAUCGCCGCAGUCACACCGGGGAGAGGCCGUUUGUCUGCUGUGUGUGCGGGAAGGGGUUCAGUCGCGCAUGCGGCCUGAAGGAGCACAAGUUCGUUCACACCGGGGAGAAGCCGUUCACCUGCUCCGAGUGUGGAAAAGGUUUUGCUUGCCGUUCCAGCCUGAAGGAGCACAGGUUCGUUCACACCAGGGAGAAGCCGUUCACCUGCUCCGAGUGUGGAAAAGGUUUUACUUGCCGUUCCAGCCUGAAGGAGCACACGUUCGUUCACACCAGGGAGAAGCCGUUCACCUGCUCCGAGUGUGGAAAAGGUUUUACUUGCCGUUCCAGCCUGAAGGAGCACAAGUUCAUUCACACCGGGGAGAAGCCGUUCACCUGCUCCGAGUGUGGAAAAGGUUUUGCUUGCCGUUCCAGCCUGAGGAAGCACAAGUUCGUUCAUACUAAGGAGAGGCCGUUCACCUGCUCCGAGUGCGGAAAAUGUUUCGCUCUUUCAUCCGGCCUGAGGAAGCACCAGGUAGUUCACACCAGGGAGAAGCUGUUCACCUGCUCCGAGUGCGGAAAAUGUUUCACUCGUGCUUCCAGCCUGAGAAAUCACCAGCGAGUUCACACCGACGAGAGGCCGUUCACCUGCUCCGAGUGCGGAAAAUGUUUUGCUUAUUCAUCCGGCCUGAGGAAGCACCAGGUAGUUCACACCGGGGAGGAGCUGUUCACCUGCUCCAAGUGCGGAAAGUGUUUCACUCGUGUUUCCAGCCUGAGGAAUCACCAGCGAGUUCACACUGACGAGAGGCCGUUCACCUGCUCCAAGUGCGGAAAAGGUUUCGCUUAUUCAUCUGGCCUGAAGAAGCACGUGCUCGUUCACUCUGGGGAGAGGCCGCCUGUCUGCUCUGUGUGUGGGAAGUCUUGAGAGCCUCAUGGAACACCAAUGAGUUCACACCAAGGAGGGCUCUUCCCUUCUGGGUUUGGGAAAGGAUUUUUUGAUCAUCCAGCCUAAUGACGCACCAGCAACUUCCUCCUGUAAAGACGUUAUUCACCUGCUCCGAGUGCGGGAAGGGAUUCAUUCGGUCUAACGUGCUAAUAAAACACCAGCAUGUUCACACUCGGGAGGCAUCGUUCCCUUGGGUGUGGGAAGGGAUCGGCUCGGUCAUCCAGCAGGAAGGCGCACCAGUAAAUUCAUUCAGUGGCGAAGCCGUUCACCCGCUCCGAGUGCGGGGAGGGAUUCUCUCUGUCAGCCGGUCUGUGGAAUCACCAGCGAGCCCACAAGUGACUGCAGGAGCUGGAUUCUCCUGUUGUUACUUCUGAUAAUAUAUCCAGGGUUGGACUGUGUUCACUGGCCCAGCCUGGGCUCCUUCUGCUGAUGUCUAUAGUCCCUAUAACUGGGGUAGAUUUAAUGUUCUUGACUAACAAUAAAUAAAUCAUCUUGAUCUUGAA